AUGGGGGGUUGGGUUUCUAUUGCCAACACAAGCCUUGUCCAACCCACAUCACACGACCGAAAACAACGCAAAAAACGCACAAAACCACAAACCCAAAGAUUCAUACGGCCCGUUCGUGUCAUCAAAGGCACAUUUGGGAAAGACAUAUAUGACCGUUACAAAAUAGGAAAAGAACUCGGUAGGGGUGAGUUUGGGGUGUCAUACGAAUGUCAAGAUAUUACAACGGGCGAAAGAGUCGCAUGCAAGAAAAUAUCGAAGAGCAGGUUAAGGGCGGAAAUCGACGUUGAAGACGUGAGGAGAGAGGUGGCGAUCAUGAGGCAUAUGCCGUUGCAUCCUAAUAUUGUGACGUUUAAAGAUGUUUAUGAGGAUAAAGACGCGAUUUAUUUGGUUAUGGAGCUUUGUGAAGGUGGUGAGCUUUUUGAUCGGAUUGUUGCGAAAGGUCAUUACACGGAAAGAGCUGCCGCCCUUGUUAUCAAGACGAUUCUUGAAGUUGUCCAGACUUGCCACAAGCAUGGAGUUAUACAUCGUGAUUUGAAACCUGAAAAUUUCUUAUACGCUCAUAAAGGCGAACACGCACCUCUAAAGGCAAUCGACUUUGGUCUCUCUAUAUCCUUUGAGCCUGGCCAAAGAUUUAGAGACAUCGUCGGAAGCCCAUUUUACAUGGCCCCCGAAGUAUUAAAACGAAAUUACGGAGAACAAAUCGAUGUAUGGAGUGCCGGUGUCAUUCUUUACAUCUUGCUUUGUGGAGUUCCUCCAUUUUGGGCAGAAACUGAAGAGGGAAUUGCUCAAGCAAUAAUCAAGGGUGACAUAAACUUUAUAAGGGACCCUUGGCAAAGGGUCUCUGAAGAUGCGAAAACACUCAUAAAGGGCAUGCUUGACCAGAAUCCAGACGAUCGACUCACUGUUGAACAAGCCCUUGAGAAUCAAUGGAUUCAAAAUGCCCACAAGGUGUCCAACAUCCCAUUGGGAGAAAACAUAGGAUCAAGAAUUCAACAGUUCUCUUUGAUGAACAAAUUCAAAAAGAAAGUUAUUACAGUGGUUGCUGAAAACUUGCCAGAUGAACAAGUUGAUGGACUCAAGCAAAUGUUUGAUGAAAUGGACAAGGACAAGAACGGAUCACUAACGUUUGAAGAGUUUAAAGACGGUUUGUGUUUGAUCGGGGAUCAACCGCUUGAUGAUCCUGACGUUCGGAUGUUAAUGGAUGCUGCUGAUCUUGACGAAAACGGGGUACUAAACUGCGAGGAGUUUAUGAUGGUUGCGAUUCACUUGAAACGGAUUAGCAACGAUGAUCAUCUACAACAAGCAUUCCACCAUUUCGACAAGAAUCAAAAUGGGUACAUCGAGUUUGAAGAGUUGAAGGAGUCUUUGUUUGAAGACCAAAAUUCACACAACGAGAAGCUAGUUAACGAUAUCAUCCAUGAUGCCGACCUAGAUAAGGAUGGCCGGAUCAGUUACCCAGAGUUUGCGGCAAUGAUGACAACAGGGAUGGACUGGAGGAUGGAGUCUCGACAGUAUUCGAGAGUGAUGUUGAAUGCAAUUAGCGAUAAAAUGUUCAAAGAUCAAAUAUAAAAUAUAAACAAAGUUGAAUGAACUAUAGA